AUGGGAGCUUCAAUCUGCCAAUAAACUUGUGCAAUUAAUGAUCGUGAAUUGGUUAAAGAAUAGGUAGAGCUUUAACCAAAAAGUCUCGAUUCAAAACGUGAAUGUUCCUAGAUAUAGGAUUAACCAAUUACAGAUCAUCUUCGCAUUAAUAUUUAAAAUUCUUCUCAGAUUAGCUAUAAUUUGGCAGAUCAACAGCAAAAUCAAAGUAAAGAGUAUUCUAAUUCAAAUGACAUUCCUGAGGCUAUGACUCCUUGGUUACCUUGGUAAAACUUAUUAUUUUAUAACAAGUGGGCAGAAUAAUUUUAAAGGAGAAUAGUAUAUUCAAUUGUUAAACACAGAAAUUGUUUAGUCUAUUAAAUUAUAAUCAUAAUUAGUGAGCUCUCAAAAUGCAGAUAUAUUGCCAAUGUAAAAUUCUCAUAAUUUACAUUCAGAUUAGAAUUCAAACAAUAAUAAUCUAACUCAUCUUAUCCUAGAUUUUGCAAUGACGAUAAGGGGAAUAAAUUAUUGAAUAUGUAAAUUAUUGAAGAUAAUCUUGAUGACUAUAUUAAUUACGAUUGGAAAAACUCUAAAUUUUAAUUGAUUAGUAUUAAUGAUUAAAAUCUAUUAAAGAAAGCAAGUUCAACAAAACCAAAAACAAAAUUACAAAAGAGAUAAUUUUGA